GGUGUAGAUAAGCGCAGCAUACAUUCGACCACGCAGAUGGCACGCUUAUCUACACCAUUUACACCGAAAAAGGAAGUCAUUUAUGCACCUUAGUGUACAUGCACAACGACCGGCUGUCAUAUUUACUCGUUCAGCAUGAAGGUAGGUGUUCAUCCGUUGACAGGGGAUCCCACUGCAGCCUGGCGCGAGUUGUCUCACAAUCAAAAAGUCGUGAAAAUAAACGCCAAAUUACCGACGACCGAAGCGGCGAGCGACAAAUUACGUGUGGUAUGUAUGAGCGACACGCACUCUCUCACGCCUUUCAUAAAAUUUGACAUACCCGCGGGCGACGUCUUCAUCCACGCCGGAGAUUUCACGAAAUGUGGCAGCCUACAAGAAGUCAUUGACUUCAAUAACUGGAUAGGUAAUUUACCGCACAAGCACAAAAUAGUCAUAGCUGGAAAUCAUGAACUCAGCUUUGACCCGACGUUCACGCAUCCAUUCUCGGUGCAUACCAGUGGAGAUCACCAGAAACACACAGGCACCAGUAUACUCGACGAUAUUCCUACUCUGGGCAUGUCGAAGGACACUCUUGCCGAAGCUAUUAAAACUACUAACAUUAAGGAUUAUUUGACAAAUUGUACAUACUUGGAGGAUUCGGAGAUUAUAGUGGACGGGAUCAAGAUAUAUGGUACUCCAUGGCAGCCAGAGUUUUGCAAGUGGGCCUUUAACGUGCCACGAGGAGAAGCGUGUCUGUUAAAGUGGGAAAUGAUUCCGUCGGACACCGAUAUCCUCGUGACGCACACGCCUCCCGUCGGUUAUGGGGACCUGUGUUGCACUGACGUACGCGCCGGAUGUGUCGAAUUAUUGUCAACGGUGCAAAAUCGCGUGAAACCCAAGUAUCACGUAUUCGGUCACAUACACGAAGGAUAUGGUAUAUCUUCAGACGGCAAGAUAAUAUAUAUCAAUGCGUCGACGUGCGAUUUGAAUUAUCUGCCGAAUAAUCCACCAAUAGUAUUUGAUAUAACAUUACCUCCCGGUGUUCAAAAAUCGUGAACCAUCAGCCGAGGUAAUAUAUCCAACGCUAUCGACCUACGCUUCAUUGCACAAUGUUGCAUUAUGAAGUUUCGAAUUUUGUAAACUAAAGAAAAUCGGUGUAUGACCGAUAUAAAAAUACGUAUGGAAGUUUCUUGCCUUAAUUUUUCAACCACACGUGUAUAAAAUAUAUCGUAUGAGUUAUCAAUUUGCAUUCAAUUGUCUUUCAUUUUCACACGAUUUUCUAAUAAAAUUUCAUAAUACAAUUCAA